GUUGGAAGUGGUUGUUGCAAUUUACUCCAAUUCCUUCCUAUAUUUGUGCCUAACCUUAAACAUCCAAUUUCUUUUCACCAAUCACUCACACAAAUGCAUUUUCCUUUUGAUGCAUGCAUGUGUUGUUUACACUUGAAACCAAUUCUGAACUUUUGUACCAAAAAAACAAAAACAAAAACAAAACAAAUUCUUAUGAAACAUCAUGAAGAAUAAACCUCAACGUCAAUCAAAUAUCAAAUUCAAAUACAAAUUUCAAGGAGACUAUGCUAGCAAAUUUUUUGGCCUAUCUUUCUCCUUUUUAUUUUCAAUUUGGUGGCUCAUAUCCUUCUUCCAAUCCAGGCUUCACCUUGUUCGUGGUUCUUCUGGUGGAGAAGCUGCAUUAGAGCUCAAUGAAUCAUCUACCAUUAGUCAGGAACUAAAAAAACCCUUGUAUUCGGUAGCUGAAACAAGUAGUUUAGAACAAGUAUUUUGGCGAGUUUUAGGUAAUAAUAGUAGUUUAGUGUGCAAGAUACAACCUCGACAUGAGGAAAAGAAACUUCAAUCAUCACAUCACGAAGCAUUAGGAAAUCAAGGUAAGAGCAAUGAGCCUGUUAAUAUAACACACCGCCUAGAAUCAGAUGGUUCUGUGUACAAUUACGCUUCUGAGUCCAAAGGUGCAAAGGUAGUGGCACAUAAUAAAGAGGCUAAUGGUGCUAAAAACAUAUUAGGGAAGGAUCAUGACAAGUAUCUGAGAAAUCCUUGUUCUGUUGCUGAAAAGUUUGUUAUUAUCGAACUUUCAGAAGAGACUUCGGUUGAUACUGUCAAAAUUGCGAAUUUUGAGCAUUAUUCUUCUAACUUUAAGGAAUUUGAAUUGGCUGGUAGUUUGAAUUUUCCAACUGAGUCGUGGAGCACGCUAGGGAACUUCGUUGCUGCCAAUGUUAAGCAUGCACAAGUCUUUAAGCUGCCUAAACCCAAUUUGGCGAGGUAUUUGAAGUUGAGCUUGCUUAGUCAUUAUGGAUCCGAGUUUUACUGCACACUUAGUGUCGUAGAAAUUUACGGGAUCAAUGUUAUCGAACGAAUGCUUAAGGAUCUAAUAGUUACUUCUGUAGGAUCUAUUCCUAAUAAGUUACAGUCUCAUAAUAUUAGUGACAUUAAAACCCCUUCUUCGAAAUCAGAAUCCGAUCAAAUUGAAGGAAAAAGUAAAGAAGUUGAAAUUAAGAAUGUUGUUAUAGCUGCUGAGAUAUCGAGCAAUGACGACACUCAAAAGAUUGAUGUAGAAGUGACGACAAAUCCAGCGACUGUGGACUUGGUUCCUGAUCCUGUAAUGGAACUUAGACAACAAUUAAAUGGUAGGAUAACCGGUGACACUGUUCUUAAGAUUUUGAUGCAGAAAGUGAAAUCAGUGGAAGUAAACUUAUCUGAACUGGAGGAUUACAUCAAAGAGUUGAAUAAGAGACAAGAUAUUAUAAUACCGGAUCUUGAGAAAGAGAUAUCUAAAUUAUCAGAAAGUUUGGAACAAAGAAAGUCGGAGAUCAAUGAUCUACGACAGUCGAACACAGAUAUGGAAAAAGGAAUAUCUGAAGUCGAGUCAUGGAAAGAUGUUAUCUUGUCUCAGCUUAAUGAAGUAGCUAGAGAAAAUAGCAUGCUAAGAUUAGAUGUUCAAAGGGUAGCAAGCGAGCAAGAAAAUCACGAAACGAAGGAGCUUGUCGUGUUAGCAACGAGUCUUGCUUUUGUGUGCCUUGCAUUUCUCAUGAUAAUUUCAGCACACAUGUUCACAUUUUCUAGCUUCAAUGAUAAUAAUGUGAACCAAACAACCAGAGGAUGGGUUACACUAUUUGUUUAUUGCAGUCUAACAAUAUUCAUUAUCUUGUUCUAUAGCUAGGUAUUCAUUUUUGUAAAGAAACAUGUAUUGAAUCAUUGUAAUUAUAGCUACUGUUUAUAGUUUUAUACUUAGUUGAACUGCUUCUAGUUAUGGUAUUGAUAAAGUCAUUUUAAAAAGGAAAUUUAUUUUAGAAAGACAUCCAGACAGUCUGGAUUAAACGCAAUAUUUGCGUGACA